AUGGCUGAGUCAACUUCGGCUUUAGACCUCGCGGCGGUUGCCGACUUUCAGGACGCCCUCAAACAUGCGAAGCGUAUCAUUGCCGUGAUCGGUGCGGGUCUUUCUGCGUCUUCAGGACUGGCUACGUUUAGAAGCACCAAUGGACUCUGGAAGAGCCAGGACGUGAUGCAGGUUGCCUCACCUGCAGGCUUUCGUCAUGACCCCGGGCUCGUUCUGCAAUUUUAUACAUACCGUCGGCACGAGGCGCUUCGCGCCAAACCCAACCCAGCUCAUUACGCCUUGGCCGAGCUGGCGCGUCAAGUCCCGGGCUUCGUCGCCCUAACGCAAAAUGUCGACAAUCUGAGCCAUCGAGCUGGUCAUCCGCCCGAGCAGUUGAAGGAACUCCAUGGCAAUUUGUUUACUUUGUCAUGCUCUGAUGUGAUCAAGUGCGGUUACGUCGAACGCAACAACUUUGAAGAGUGCCUGACACCCGCUCUUGAUCCCUCCAAAGAUGAGAAAGAAACUAUCGGAAGCCUUAAUCCCGACAACAAACCCAGGGCAAGCCCUCUUCUGCUAGCCGGUAUUGCUCGGAAGCACGCGCAAAUCCUCGGGGAUAGCUACCAGGGCGGUACCCCUACCUCGAAAGACCUAGCCGCUCUCAAAUCUCCGGAGCAACCUACAACCAGUUCAUCACCAGUUGUCCGACUAUCAUCGGGUCUAACAAAGGAAGAUCUUCCACAAUGUCCCCAGUGCAAGGACAGCAUUCUCCGACCCGCGGUCGUCUGGUUCGGCGAGUCUCUACCUGUCAAAAUUGUGGAAGAAACCGAGGCGCUGUUCGACGAUCCUGAGCCAAUUGACAUUUGCCUUACCAUAGGCACCUCCAGCAGAGUCUGGCCGGCAGCUGGCUAUCCUGAAAUGGCUCGCAAGAAGGGUGCGAGGAUUGCCGUGAUCAACACCGAUGCCGGUGACGCCAACGGUAUUCAGUUGAACAGAGAUUGGGUGUUUGUUGGAGAUGCGGCAGUCAUCUUGCCAGAGUUACUGAAACCUGUCAUCGGUGAGCCGCACAAGUGGUCCCAAAGUACUGUCUGA